UUCUUACACAGUUGACUUUCUGUCACCAGUUGUGGUGUAUCGCUGAGCUGGCGAGCCUCCGUGAAAUUAAAUCCCAAGAAAUGCGAACUACCUGUGUUCUCAUCCAGAAGAUAGAUCGGAUUUACAAAUUACAUUCUACUUGAACACAUUUAUUAGCUAAUUGACCUCCAAUCGUCUUCUGUUGAGGGCGCAGUUUCGGCGCCGGCUGCGAGUGACGGCCAACACAUAGACAUUGUAGCCUUGAGCAGCCCACAUUUAGGAGUUUACUUGUAGUGUAUCUGCAGAUAUUCAGGUCGUGAUGAUGGAUGUUGAACUAGCUGGUCCGGGACCUGGCUCUUCCCGCGCACGGGGACGCCUGCCGACGCAGCUCAGGACCCUGGUAUGUGAGCGCAGCGUACUGGACCGAGCUGAUGGGUCGGCCAAAUGGACCCAAGAAGGGAGCAGCGUGCUCGCCGCUGUCUAUGGCCCUCGACAGGCGAAACCGCAGAAGGAGGACGCGGAGCAGGCGGUUGUCGAAGUGGUCUACAAACCCCGUGCUGGCUUACAAGGACACGAGGACCGCACCUUUGAGCUUGAGGUGCGGGGCAUCCUGGAGGGUGUCAUACCCCUGGGCAUGUACCCCCGGACGUCCAUCAUGGUGGUAUUGCAGGUCUUGCAGGGGGACGGGGCGGUGCUUUCCUGUGCACUGAACGCCGCGUGCGCUGCCUUGGUGGAUGCGGGUAUAGCCAUGACCUCCAUGUACGCCUCCGUCACAUGUGUGUUGACGGAGGAGGAGCGGCUGCUGCUGGACUCGGAUGCAGCCGAAGAACAGGCAGCCAAAGCCUGCUUCUGCUUCACCGUCCCACACCAUUACGACCUUACGAAGGCGAUUGACGGUCAGGUGGUCAUAUCGAAUGCAGCGCUGGGCAGCCGCUCUUAUGGCAGCUUCACGUCUGACCAUAUGUUGGAUGCAUUCAUGCUGGCACGGUUGGGCUGCGAACGAGUUGCCAUUUUUGCAUGGUUAUCACUCACAAAAAGCUUGCAAGCAGCUGGUAGCACGUGAACGACAGAGUAGUCUUGGUCCCAAAAGGGCUGUUGUCAAUCUGAGAGUCGAGAGGCUUA